GCUAAGUUUCUGCUGUCUGAAGUUUUGCUCCUCGUCAGUAUGAAUAAUCUGGCUGUUCCUCAGGAGAGAGAUGAAGGCUGGUAUCUGUCACUUAUGGCACCUAAUACUAAGGGCCCAAACUUUGCAUGGCUUGAUCCCUCCAGACUUUACUGCAAUUCCCAGGCCUUAUCAGACUGUGUGACAGAUCUUCUCAAACCAUUCCAAAAUGAUUCGAUUGACCUGGUGGCUGGAAUAGACGCAAUGGGCUUUAUCCUUGGUACAGCCGUGGCCACCACUCUGGGAAAAGGCUUUCUAGCCAUCCGAAAAGCAGGACACCUUUGUGUAGAAACUCAGACGCAGGAAUAUACUGACUACUCAAGAAGAGAGAAACUAUUGGAAGUACGAGCUGAUGUGUUAAAACCAGGUCUGCGUGUUCUUAUAGUUGACCAGUGGAUUGAGACUGGAAACACAAUGAAAGCUGCAAUCAAGCUGGUAGAAAAACAAGGCGCAUCUGUUGUGGGCGUCGCUUCCGUGGCCAUUGAGAACAGCGAAGGAGGAAAGUGGAUAAAGGAAAACUACAAGCACUCGCAUUGCAUCCCUAAGAAACUUCAGUCUCAAAUAGACAGCAAAUAUCUGGAAUCUUUCAAGAACUUUGAGAGAACCGUUACAGAGUAGGUACCUCUGAGGACAGCGAUACUAAACAGAAGAAAACCAUUCUGUGUUUGUUCUGCCCAUAUACGAUACGCCACAUAUAAACAUCAUUCUGUUAUUUUCUGGUCCAUCUGAAGAUGACUGCAUUCUCACAAUGGACUGAAAGAGAACAUGAUUCUAAAUGAAGCUAAUCUCUGAUAUUCUUCUUUCCCAAAAGUUGACUUAUAACAUGGCUUUUAUUAUAAGACUUAAAACUAAGAAGAUGACUAACAUAAUUAAAGACGAUUAGAUUAAAGACUAAAACUAAGAACAUGGAAUAGUUCAUAAUCUAUUGAAACCUGUACGUGGCUCACAUUUUUUGUACUAGAGAGCAUGUUAAAGUUUACUACAAUUAAAUUUUUCUUUU